GACCGACGAAGACGACAACUCAACUGGCUCGGCGCGCCCGCCGGGAUGAGAAGGUAGCUGUAGCGCAGCGGCGGCGGCGAAACCGAUUCGUCAGUGAUCGUUGUCCGUCGGGAUAUCAGUAUAUGUGCGGGACCGGUUGCCGAGUGGUCGUUUUCGCUCGAGAGUUGUGUUUAGUGCGUGUGUUUAGACGAAAUUUUUUCGUUUUUUUUUUCGGAAAUUUAUUUACGGUGUAGUGUAUUUUCGACGUGUGUUCAAUUCAUACGAAUACCACGGGUGUGCGAGGUGUACCGCAAAGUCAUCCGAUACGGAGCAUAAUAAAUAAUAUAGAAUUUAUUGUUGGAACUUCCCAUAGUCUUGUUUAGUGGUAUCUCUUGAAAUAAAAUGGGCCCUACAGUAGCGGCGACUAUAACUGCGUCGACGGAAUCAUCGGAUGGCGAAAAUAGUGCCAAAAAGAAGGGCAUACGGCGGCUGCUGACUCCCGCCAUAUUUGCGGGCAGCGACCAUAAGAACAAGCAGGCGGCGGCGGCGGCGGCGUCAUCGACGUCGAUGGACGUCGGUAACACUGCCGUUCACAAUCAUCAGCACCGCCAACCCAGCAACAACCGACUGACCUCCAACAAAAAGACCAUUAUUGAGACAGCGUUCGUCAACAACAACGGUAACAGUAAUUCGACCGGAAACGUGGCAUAUCGCUUGCAGCAACAGCAACAGCAACAGCAACAGCAAGCGCAACUGCAGCGGUUUCGCUAUGCGCAGGGACUGGACCGGCACGCAAACGACGUGACCGACUUCCGUUCGCGGAGCGUCAGUCCCGGAUCGUUCGACCGGGAUGUCAAUGCCAAUUACGGAAGUGGUGAACGUCGGAUGGACAGCCAGUGCUCGUUGUUAUCAUCGUCGUCAACGUCGUCGCUGUUGCCCUCACCGUCGGGCAGGCGGUCUGCUCCCAUAAUACCGUAUUCGCAGUAUUACAACAACAGGAACGGCGGCGGAGGUAGCGGCAGUGGUGGUGGUCAGCAGCAGCAGCAGCAAAGGUUGUUGCUCAUGCCCGUCGGUGCGCAGGUCAAGAUUACCGCGCCGCAAUCGUCUACAGCGGUGUACGCGGCUGCCGUUCGCCAACAUCGACUACAACAGCAAAAUCAACAACAACAACAGGCCAUCUACGGUAACGUGGCGGCCGGCGCCGUGGGCCCAUUCGUCCGUGGGUCCCCGCACCGAGCCACCAUCGGAUGCGUCCGGGAAUCACCGGGCCGGCAGUCGACCAUUUACGAGACGGAAGAGGAUGUCGUUACGGCUGCCGUAGCCGUGGGCGAGAAGAGGUUUCAGCCGAUUUUCAAGAGGGGUGCUUUGCAAGAACCUGCCACCGACUCGUCACCGAUCACCGGACAGACGCCGUCACCACAUUCGUCCGGUUGCAGUCCAAAGAGGGUGAGUUUCUCACCGGGGCCUUCCGAACCGCCCGCGUACUGGCCCACCAAGAAGGGCCCAUCCCCACAACCGCCCACCCGUCAAAGCUCGACCGAUUCACCGGUGGCCGCUGAACGGCCACUACCGCUCGUACCCAAACGGAGCCCGUCCACGUCGGCUAUUUACGGUACGCUGCAGCAGCGCGGUGGCUCCCAGCGACCGCACCAACAACACCAACAGCAGCCGCCGAAUCGAUGGUGGUCACCAUCGUCGCCGUCGCCAUCGCCGCUGCACCAGCACUACCAACAGUCUGGUAGCGAGUCUGGUAGCGAGGCCGGCGAGGUGCAGCGAAUACUGAAUGUCAAAAACGGUCAUCGGCUGGUCAUCGACGAUGACUGGAGUGGAGACGGAAAAACCAGAGGGGCCGCUGAACAAGCCGGUGAUGAACUCCGUCGAGGCCGAUCUUCGAGAAGAGACGAUCCUCGGCGGCACACUCUAUCCGGUGAUCAACAUCACAAUUAUCAACCGGCCCUGACGAGAUCUAUGGAUUUAGAGAUGGGAACGAAAAUGCAACGGAAAAAAUCUCCAGCUUCCAGGGGAGGAUAUCCGCCAGCUACUGGGAUACUGUUCGACGACGAUCCGGGUAUAAUGUCUGAAGUUGAAACCAGUUCUACCGGGUUCCGAAGAGGUAACAAGCAGAGGAGUUCUUUGCCAGUUGUCAGAACUCCGUCAAAAACUUUAGAGCGACCAUUGGGUGACCCGAUGUUGAAUGACGAAAUGGCUUUCCGUAAUAUGAUGACUCACCCACGACAAAGUUUAGGUCUCGUAUUCUUGCAAUACCGUAGCGAAACGAAAAGAGCCCUGUUACCGAAUGAAAUCACCUCAAUAGACACGGUUAAGGCGCUAUUUGUCCGGUCUUUUCCAAAACAACUCACCAUGGAAUACAUGGACUCGGCACUCGUCAAGAUCUACAUUCAUGAUUCAUCAAAAGACAUGUUUUAUGAGCUGGAAGAUCUCAGGUCACACCUCAACGACAUCCGAGAUAGGUCGGUGCUGCGACUUUUCGAGUCAGCCGAGGGUGGUCCUCUACCUCAGGGCCUCACGAUAGCCGCGCCUACGUGGGACCAAGAUCAAUCGUACUUUAGCGAACCAGAAUUCGACUCAGAAUUUCAACAUCAACACAUACACAAGACUAAGGGUAGCAAAUGCACCAGUGGCGGCGCCCCCGGACAACCGUACUACAUGACCCAUCAGUUCCCGCCCGGGUCGUCGGCUACGCUACCCAACAGGGGCCGUCCGCCCACCGGGUCCAUACCGGCUAGGGCAUAUUCGCCUGCCGUGCCGCCGGUUGCGGCCAACAAAUCGUCAGGGUACAUGUCAUCGCCGGAGAGAGCUAAUUCUAGAACUGGGUACACAGCUGCCCCGUACAUGUCUCCGGGUGGUUCUUCGUUCGACGACAAUUCAUAUUAUGGCUAUGGACCCAGAACCGGGUCUAUUACUCCCGUGAUCGACGAAGAGACUAGUGACAACGAGCUCAUGGAAGACCCGUUUAGCAUGUACGCCGCUAAACCGUCGUCAAUUACCAAAAGACCGACGUAUGGCAAUCCGCCGCCAACCGUCCCCUACGACGCCACCAGGAUACGAGUAGAAAACAUGGAGAGACAGAUUGCUAAUCUAACGGGAUUAGUUCAGAAAGCUUUAACGCACGCACCGGUCGUGGCGCCACCGUUCAGAAAUGCUAGUGAUGAGUUCGAUAAGGUCUCUGUCGGAAGCACUACGUCUCUAGCAGAGGAACCAUACAAGCGGUCUGACACUAAACCUCCUAAACUCGGACGAGACAAAUCAGUUUCGUUUGAGAAAUCUGUAUCGUUCAGCGACGAGCCACCAGACAUGAACUCGCCAAAACAACAUUCGCCGCAGAGUUCAGCGGACACGAAACCUGCGAAACCAGCAAUUAAAUCGUCUACAUUACCUAGAACAGCAUCUCAAGAAAAAGACAGAUUUAAGCCUCAUCCUCCGCCUAAGCCAUCCGCUAUACCAGGACAAUAUGAUGAAAGACACUUGUACAGUGAUCUACAGCUGACGCCAGAAAUGUAUAAUCAACUCAGAGUUCUGCAGAAAAAAGCAAAAGACUUGCGGCAAGAAGCCCGAAACCUAAGAAGAAUGUCUCAAGCACAAGCCCACUCCAUUCGCGAAACCAUCAAAGACACGUUCAUAAAAAUAAGAGCGUUGAUCGCUUCCGGCGCCGACCAAGCGUGGAGCGAAUCCGGAUCGAAGGAAAGGGCACACGUAGACCGGGAAGAGGACAUUUACAGGCAGGAGAUUAUCAGGCUAGAAACGGACUUGACUGAGCUCGAGAGCACGGUGGAAGAACUACGAGGAAACGUCAUUAACAAGAAGUCCAGAGUAAACAUGUCAGACGUGGAAAACAUGGCGCUUGUGCUCAGCAAAUCCAGUAAAACGGUUGCCGAAUUAAAAUUGAGGUUCCCGAGUUUACAAGAGUCAAUUCGUACAGUAUUAACGAAGGAAAUGGACAGAGCUGUUACCGAGGAAAAGUUUCUUAAAGAAGAGCCCGACCGCCUAGAAAGCGCACUCAAACGUUGUAAAAAAUUAACCGGAACGCUUGUUACACUCAAGAGGCUAGCUUCCGUUCAGGAACAACGUCUGCCCGACGCCAGACUGUCGCCAACCAACGAAGACACUCCGCCGAUCACGCCUACAUCGUCUGCCAAGGGGAGUAUCGCUGGACAGGGGAGUGUCGUGGAGCAGACCGGAACAGGAACAGACGACGGCGCCGGUGGUGCUGGAAAGCGCGAGCCAACAGGUGCGGAGAACGCACUCGACACUCUGCUAGACGAACUGCAGACAACUCCGGCGGCUGCGGCGGCGGUUCCAGUGGAAUCAGUGGCGGCGGAGCCCACGGUGGCUGCAGCAGAGGCGGCGGAGCCGAUGACGGUCGCCGGACCCGCGGUCCCGGUCGCCCCGAAACCAGUAUUGCGGCGUCUGAGCAGCACGUCGUCUGAGACAGGAGGCAAACCACCCGUGCCGGAACGGACGCCCGACCUGCAGAACAAGCGAAUGCCCCCGCCGCCACCGCCGCGGACUAGUUCCAAGUCACCGGUGGCAUCACCGACCACGGCUGGCAGUGCGGUGGGGGCCCUCUCGUCGUCACCCAGGGGCUCGAUGUCGUCGUCGUCGGCCGGCGGCAGUCCGCCCAGCCGAAAGGGUUCGCUGACCACCGUGGUGGCGCUCGGCGGCUGCGGCAAACCGCCGAUGCCCGAACCACCGACCGUGACCGCACAGCCGCCGCCGUCGGUGGCCGCGCCGACCGCCGUCGCGACGGCGACCAGACAGGAACAGUUGGAGCAGCGGCACCAGGAACUGUUGAAGAAGCAAAAGGCGCUGCAGGAACAGUACACGCGGCUGCAACAGUUGCAACGGUCGCAACCGCCGCCCGACCUGCUCCAGCUCAAGAAGACGGGUAGCGAGGGCAACCUGCUGUUGAAAAUGGGGCUGUCCAUGAGCGCGGCCGCCCCCAUAUCGGGUUCGCUCACCCAGCUGGCCGCCGCUGUCACCACCGGCACCACUGGCGCCACCGCCAACGACGACGCCGAAAAGCAACGGUCGACAGCAAACAACAAGACCACUGCUCCAGCGGCGGCGACUACGACGACGACGACGACGACGACCGUCAACAAAGUGUACGAGACGGACAUCAUAUGACCCACGACCGAUGUUUGAAACGUGAAACGGCAAAUCUAUCGCACGUGACGCAAAUCUGAGCCCGUCGGUUGUGCGUUAUCUUAUUAUCAUUGUCGUUGUUGAACUAUAAUAUAUACACGAUGUUAUUGUUGUGACGACCGCCGCUACCACAGUCACCACUGUCGCCACUGCUGCCACUGCGUUCGCCGCUGCGCAUUCCGGAUUUCCGCGGUUACCGCCGCUUUUACCAUCAUCGAUGACACUACUACAGUCCAGUCUCCUCUGUCUUCGCGCCGCCGUUUUUACUCUCGUAACACAUUAGUUUUAUAUUUACUUUAAUUAUUUUUAUUUUAAGUGUCGGGUGGGGUGUCAACUUGACAAAAAUUGUAUUUACUUAAAAAGUAACGUCGUGCGGGUGGUCUGAACACUACCAUCAUAUUAUAUUGUAUAAAUAAACGACGAAUAGACUUUACUUUCGAUAACUAUAAAAACAACGACCAAGUCUCGAAAACCGUUUUCUCUAGACCGAUUCAAGUACGAAUUUAACAUGUUAAGCAAAAAAUGCAAUUCUACAACUCACGUGUACAAGUAUUUAUAUAGUACAUCGCCUUCCAGCUACGUUUUAUUUUUCUAACAAUAGCAAUGGCACUACCCGACAUUGUAUAUCAAAAAAAAAAAAAUGUACCUAUAUAACAGGUACCUAUUUAAAAACAGACGACCAGACGUUAUCCUCGUUUGACGAUUGUCUUAAAUCGGACAAAAAUGUAAAUGUAUUUGGCUUUUAGUCAGCUCACAUGCUCAAUAACCCUGUACAUAUUAUACAUAAAUAUAUAUACAUAUAUAGAUAUAUUAUACACAAUAUAUAGUAAUAACAUUUAUUUAUCGAUUCGUUAAUAUGCAUAAUAUUAUAUAAAAUAUUAUCGCGUGAAUAUACCGUUUCAAUCCGACGAGAAUCGCUUGUUAUUCUGCAGGUUGGUAAACCACGAAAACGCAAUAAUACAUGGUGUGGGGUGGGGGGUUGUUGUCUUAACGUUCGAAUUAUACAUGACAUUCUAUGUAUAUACAAUACAUCAUAAUAUAGCCUGUAGUCACACGUCGCUCGUAAGCGUACAGAAGGUGCUCUCGUGUAACGCGUAUAAUCUAUAAUAUUUAAUAUUUAUGAGCGCACGCCGACUGUAUGAUAUAAUAAUAUUAUUAUCCUAUACCGAUCUCUGCGGACCACGAACAGUCGAACGAGAAUUAUUUUUGUUUCAUUUCUCCUUUUUACCACAUUAUUAUUAUUUAUUCACCGCCCUAAACGUGUUCGCACAUGAAUCUAAUUAUUGACUCUACAAGGGAACGUGGGUGUUAAUUUUUUUUUUUUACUCAUUAAUCUUUCGGUCGUGCCAAAAAUCGUUCCUACAUUAUUCAUAUUAUUAUUUUUGUUGUUACUAUUGUUAUUAUUGUUGUUGUUGUUGUUGUUGUUGUUGUUGUAUUACGUCGUCUCUACAUCGUGACGCGUGUCGCUAAUCGAAAAUCGAAGUUUCUCAAAUCGGAGACCACACGUCCAUCAUCUCCGGACGUGUCAUUUUACGCUAUUAAAAAUGUAUAAUCGAUCAACGAUCUCAAUAUCACGACGUAUUAUAAUGCUAUAGUGUGACAACAUUUAUAACCCGAGUAUAUAGUACGUCGUCCCCAAUGGUUUGCUAAAACCGUUAUAGAUAACCGACGAAAUUCGCGUUUUCGAUUCCACGCGCGUCGACAAUACUCGGGUUCGUUUUUAAUUUUCUACCGACUAUUUUAUCGCCGAAAACGGUUCGGUAAACGCACUCAUUUAAUAUGCGAUUCGAUAAGUUACGAUUUAUGAACGACGUGUCGUCAGUUGGUAUUUUUGGCGAAUGCUUUAAUAUUUUCGGGUACGACACCAUGAUAACUUAAUUUUUUCCACGCUAUAAAACUUUAUACGCAUAACCCAUUAAAUACAACUCCUAGUCAAUAUACGCAUGGUUCUUAAUAUAAAUGUCCAUUUCAACAUCAUAAUCUCCGUCGACUUAAAUUCGGUGUUGACCAGCUGCCUUCAACACAAAAUAGCACACCUGAUACAAAGAGGGAAAUUUUACCGACAUGAACAUAGUUUUAGAUGCGACCAUUUUUUAAAACAAAUUUUAAUGUAUACCGCUUAUUACUGUUGUUACGGAAAUUAUUGUAUUUAUUCUUAUAUAUAUACGAUAUUUUUCCAUUAUUUAAUACCAUAGCCGCGUCAACGACGUCGUGUCGUCUCAUAUUUACGUUUCUUGUUUUACACCAGACAUGGUAUAUUGUAUAGGUACAUAGUAUUAUAUGUUGAGAGCAAAUGGUACAUUUUUCUCUUUCUCGUAUUUCUGGGAAUUAGUAAAAAAAAAUAAUGAUAAUAAUUUUUACGGCGUCUAGUAUAUACCCCUUAAUUUCACUUGUCUAAUACAUAAUAUAAAUACUUAAUUGUACAAAUUGACAAGCCGACUCGCAGUCGAUUUAUACACAUCCAAAUACAACCGUCGCGACGGUUACUGAACGCAUUCUGUUAAAAUAUGCUACUUACAGAAAAGAAAAUUGAAACAGCAAACUCCCGGUCUGCCUACCUAAAUUUUGAAGUUAUUAUUUUCCUCGUCUGUGAUCAGUGAUCACACUUAUCGUAUAUAAAUUCAAGUAUUUAAUAUUGCACCCGAAUUUUCUCAGCCGAAAUCGCUUUCUAUUCCGGACUGAUUUCUUACGCUCGUAGGACUUGACACGUUUUCCGAUAUAACUUUAUCGUACGCGUUCACGCAAGUAUAAAUGGUCGAAUGACGAAUGUUCUGAAUUUCACGAUAUUCAAACAACACCGGAGAUAACUAUUUCUCGUUCUCGCACCACAUACACAUAAACACACUCGCGCACGUUUAGUCGAAAAAAAUAUUACUACACACCACUCAUUUUAUUACGAGCGUAUCGUACGCGUUUUUGUCGUUUGUAUAUUUUAUUUAAAUAUUAUACGUAUCACAAUUUAUUACUGUUAAUCACAAACCCUAUGUGUACAAUAGUUUUUGGGCAUUUUUUUGCGAAAUUUAUCGCCUAUACGUUGCUCAAAAAUGCGCGUUCGUCACGCCACUGUAUGGCGAUAAAGCUGUGCGGAAUCCGAUAUUUUCUAUAGUUAUAAAUAAAAUGUCUAAACUCGGGGUGCGUACCGUCAAGAUAACGGCUUAGCCCUGCAAAACUCUGCGUAGGGUAGUUUUGUAGGGCACAGCUGUUGUCGGUUUCGAAAUUAAUUAUCAAAAUCUCAGUGACGCAAACAAAUGUUAUAUUCGCGCGGCUUUCCCUCCCCCCCCCGGCCACCGGUAAUAUAAUAGGGCUGACAACUUGUCAGUGGGUUUAAAGCCAAUUCCGUUUUAAAAUAUCAUCGUAUUAUAAUUCAAUCAAUACCAUUUUUAAUAUAUAGGUGUAGGUGUAACCAACGUUAUAAUAUAACCUAUUCUAUGAUAUGUUUUCCCCAAGUAAAACAAGAACUUGAUUUUUCUGGGCUAACCUACCUACCUAUUCAUAGAGAUAACGAAAUGAUGUAUAAUUAAUUGUAUAUUUACAUGAUACUGCAGUAUUGCACACAUGUGCGUAAACGCGUGCUUUUCAAACAACAAUCGCUACUCUAAUUUUCACUCUACAAAACGCAAAUGGUUAUCAUAAAAAAAUUAUUCUUUCGUUUUCACACCGGUCGACGUGUAUUUUUAUCAUUAUGGCGUGUGUACAUGGCGGGGCACUAAAACGAACAAUUUCAAAAAUUAAUUUACAAAAUUAAAAUACGAAUGAGAAUGAACUAUUAAUAAAUCAAAGUACAGUAGGUACGUGACGUGACUAUUAUAAAAAAAAAAAAAAAAAUUAUUUCCAUGACCGUCUCUUCCGUUUUUUUCUCUUACUGAAACAUGUCAAGUUCGAAAUGAACGCGGAGGCACACAAAAAGGCCACGUGACUAUCGUUAUUUUUGUAAACGAUUAUUUAUUGCAAAAGCACAUUGUUUAUCACUAAAUGGCGUAUUGUUUUUUAAUAAAUAAUAGGUACUUAAAACAUUAUCGAGAAAACCUAUUUUUUUAAAACGGUCGUUUCACUGCCCUUCCCUGUUUACCUACAACGUGUAAUAAUAACACGAUGAGUAUGAAUGGGCAAUGAUGUCUAAUUAUUAUAAUUAUUACACGCCAUAAUUACCUACCUAUGUCUUUACGCGUACAUUGAGCAAAUAAUAUCGUUUCAUUGACGAUUUGUAUAUUCAGCACACACACACACGUAUUAUUUUAAGUCAUUAUAUAUUAUUAAAUAUUUUAUAUUACGAUAAUUAUUAAUGUAUUUUAUUUGUAUUCAUUUCGAUUUAUUUAUUUUAUAACUAUUAUUAUUACUGAUGUAAUAUAUGAAUUACCCAUCUAUACGUGUAUUUAUUAUUAUAUUUGGUCGUUGUGCGAUUUUUUUUUUUUGUACGUUAUUAUAUACAUAUAGACAUUAUUAUUAUUAUUAAAAACGAAACUAUACAAUCACUGUUUACAUGUACAUUUUAAGCAUUACUAUUAAAACAUAUAUAAAUUUACUAUUAUUUACGAAGAUCAGCCGAGCGGCCAUUAUGCAAAUAACGAAGUUUACACCACUGCGAGUGUAACAUAAAAUAUAUAUACAUAAUACAUAUACAAUUAUAAUUAUUUAUUAUAUUUAUUAUUAUCAUUAUUAUUAUUCUUAAUAAAAAUAUCUACACGUUGUUUGAA